AUGAGAAUCGAGAAACUGCUGCAGGACAUGGAUGUGCAAGUAGAAUGUCAUUGUGGCGAUUCGUCGUAUUUGCAGUUGGGGCCGAUGAACAUAGAUUUGAAUCUUCCUUUUGGAAAUGAUGGCAUUGAAGAUAGUGUUAGUGGGAGUAAGGGUCCAUCGUCAAUUUUUAACAAUGGUGAUGGAUAUGACGAUGGUGAUGAAGAUUGUAAUCGUUCCAAUAAUUUUGACAAUGGCGAAGAAUGUGAUCCGGAAAUAGGUGAUUGUUCGGUACAAGUUUCAAGAAAGCUAGUAGAGGGUUUGCUAAAUGUUGGAUGUUAUGUUGACACCUUGGACGAGGUGCAUGUCUUGUAUCGUGAAUACGGACGAUUGACUGGAUUCUCUGUUAGAAAAGGGAGGCAGUGUUAUUUCUUCAACAGCACGUGUGUUCGGGCGAAGAUAUAUUAUUGUUCAUGUGAGGGCUUUCCUGAUAAUAAGUGCUCGAUCGGUAGAGUGCCUGUAUGCAAGCGACAGUCGUAUAGGUGCAACUGCAAGGCCAAGCUACGUGUUUGUCGAGAUGAUAUUGAAUCACCAUGGAAAGUGACUAUUUUUUACAAUGAGCACAACCACGAGUUGCUUGAUCCUAGUGAGAGUUACUUGCUUCGUUCUGCCCGCAAUAUGUCUCAGUCGAAGAAAACUUUACUUAUAGCUUUGACAUCUAGCGGAAUUGGUGUGAGUCGUGCUUAUCGAUUUAUGGAGAUUGAAGCAGGUUGUCGUGCAAAUGUUGGAUUUUUACGCAAGGACGCGUAUAAUGAGUUGAACCGUGAGCGUAGGAGAAUGUCCAAAGUUCCGAAUGCAGAUGUGAAUAGGUUGCUCGAGUAUUUCACGGACAAAGGAUUGAGCGAUCCUUCCUUUUAUUGGAAGGUGAAGGUCGAUGAUGAUGGAAGGCUGAAAAAUUUGUAUUUUCGUGAUACACGUUGCCUUGUAGACUAUCAACAUUUCGGUGAUGUUAUUUCGGUCGACGCCACUUACAAGACUAACAAGUACGACUUGGUGUGUGUUCCUAUUAUCGGGAUUAACCAUCAUCGUAGCAAUGUUUUGUUUGCUAUGGCUUUCUUGUCGAAUGAGAAGACGGAAUCAUAUGAAUGGUUGUUUGUAACGUUUCUUGAAUCCAUGCAUCGUAAGGAGCCGAUAAUCAUUUUCUCCGACCAAGGCCAAGCGUUAAUGAAUGGGCUCGACAACACGUUUCGCCAAGCAUUUCACAGGUUGUGUCAGUGGCAUAUUAAUAAAAAUGCUGGGAAGCAGUUUGGUAAGUUGAACCAUAAUAGAGAAUUUAAGAGUUUGUGGUACCGUUGUAUGAAUGGUUGUGAAAACGAGAUAGAGUUUGACGCUAGCUGGAAUCGUAUGAUGGAUGAGUUCAACUUAUUGCAAAAUUGA